AUGUCUCGAUCGGAUGCAUCUCUUCGAUUGAAUGGCGUUACAAAUAAGAAUAUUACAAUUUCCAACAAUGUUCUAUAUUGUGCACAUCAAUUAUCAAUCAAAGCUACAAAUGAUUUAACAGAUGCCUCUGGGUAUAAUAACGCUGCCAAUGGAACUAUUAGUGCUACAGGUAUUCAACCAGAUGGAAUAUUGGCAAUAUUCAGUAAUGUCUCCGUAAACACUGCAGCCAACAAGAGGAUCUCCGUUGAUUAA